CGGGGCCGGCAGCGGGGGGCCCCGACCCGGCCAGGCCGAGCGCAGCGGGGAGGCCCCGCGCCGGCCGGGUUAGCCCCGCGCCGGGCCCGGCUACCUAGUCGGACGUCGGUCAUCAAAGCGCGGCGGCGGCCAGAGGAUAGAGUGUCCGAGAUUGUCGGGGGAGUACGGGAUCGGCGCCCUCUCCUCGGCUCUUCCAACUGUAGCCGCCAGGACCCGGGGCCAGAAGCGGCCGCCGAGCCACCUGACACCUUUAAAUAGCACCCGGGCCGGCGAAACUGGAGCCCCGCGCGGCGCUCCCCGACUCGGGCCCCGGACUGUUGGAAGCCCCGGCGGCGGCGCCCGCGUCUGCGCCUUCCUCCCGGGGCCCCGUGAGCCCCCGCUCGCCGCGGCCGCUGCGCUAAUCGGCCCGCACCGGGCCCGCGCCCUGCCCGCGCGGCCUCCUUCCGAAUCGCGGCCACUCGGCGCCCGAGCUGCCCGCGGGCUGGGUCCCCGAGGCCCGAGCCGCCCCGGCCGGGCCCCCAAACGAGGCCGAGAUGACUUCCAAGGAGGAUGGCAAGGCGGCGCCAGGGGAGGAGCGGCGGCGCAGCCCGCUGGACCACCUGCCGCCGCCCGCCAAUUCCAACAAGCCGCUGACGCCGUUCAGCAUCGAGGACAUCCUCAACAAGCCGUCCGUGCGGAGAAGUUACUCGCUGUGCGGGGCGGCGCACCUGCUGGCGGCCGCCGACAAGCACGCGUCGGGCGGCUUGCCCCUGGCCGGCCGCGCGCUGCUCUCGCAGACGUCGCCGCUGUGCGCGCUGGAGGAGCUCGCCAGCAAGACCUUUAAGGGGCUGGAGGUCAGCGUCCUGCAGGCAGCCGAAGGCCGCGACGGGAUGACCAUCUUCGGGCAGCGGCAGACCCCCAAGAAGCGGCGAAAGUCGCGUACGGCCUUUACAAACCACCAGAUCUAUGAGCUGGAGAAGCGCUUCCUGUACCAGAAGUACUUGUCCCCGGCUGACCGCGACCAGAUUGCACAGCAGCUGGGCCUCACCAACGCUCAGGUCAUUACCUGGUUCCAGAACCGGCGCGCCAAGCUCAAGCGGGACCUGGAGGAGAUGAAGGCCGACGUGGAGUCCGCCAAGAAACUGGGCCCCAGCGGGCAGAUGGACAUCGUGGCUCUGGCCGAACUCGAGCAGAACUCGGAGGCGGCGGGCGGCGGCGGGAAUGGCGGGGGCAGCUGUGGCAGGGCCAAGUCGAGGCCUGGCUCGCCGGCGCUCCCCCCAGGCGCCCCGCAGGUCCCGGGCGCCGGGCCCCUGCAACUCUCACCCGCCUCCCCGCUCACGGACCAGCCGGCCAGCAGCCAGGACUGCUCGGAGGACGAGGAAGACGAAGAGAUAGACGUGGACGACUGAACCGCACCCGCCCGGGGAGCUUCCGCCACCCCGGGCCCCUGGCGUCUGCCGCCUGCCGCCUCCCGGACCCGACCGCCAAAGGGAGCUGGGACCUCCUCUGCAUCUCCCACCCAUCUCCCGCCCCGGGCCUGGACUCGGCUCCCGGCAGCUGCCUCUUCCCUCUCGAAGCAAUAAACCCGGGCUGGCCGGCGGGGCCGGUCUCCACACGGCCUGGGCCGCCCCACGCUUACGAGCCGUGAGAUUCUGUCUAGCUUCUGUAUAAAUAUUUAAACCUCUGUAGCGGGUUCUGGCCACCGCAGCCUGACUUUUCCCUUCCUUUUAUUUUUAAAAAAGAAAUCUCGGAAAUUCCUAUGUUUUCCAAGCUCUCGGGCUGCUAGAUCUGCUGAGGGCCAAGCUGAAUCGAGGGUAGCCCACACUUAACCCGGUGGCCUGGAGCAGGGGCCGCCCCCAUAGUUUUUAUUUUUCCUCUGCAUGUGGCGAAUGCACCCGCCCUAUACCUCUGCAGUUGAAUUUUUUUUAUUUCCUCCUGCCUUUUCCCCCUGCGUGGGAAGGGACUGAAGGAGUCAGAUAGCUCCUAACUUGCAAGUUUCAAAUCAAUCUUUUAUUUCCCUCCCCACAGAAGUCAGUUCUCCAUGCCAUUUUGGCCUCACAAUGCUCACUCACAAAUGAUAUUUUUACGAUUUCUCCUCACCCUGUAUCAGUUUCCUUGAACUGACUUUGGGUGUCUCAAUUUUAGGGACAAAGCAGGAGCAAAUCCAACCCACCACCAACAACAAACACCACCACCAACAACAACAAAAAUGGAACCCAAAGCCCUAGAAUUAUUUUUUACUCCUUUUGGGAUUUUUUUUGCAUGUGACAGAGACUAAAGAGGAGGCCGACCUGAGCCCACACCCCACCUCCUCCACAGAUCUGGUCUGUCUUUCAGUCUCUAACACCCUGCUGGGAGUGAGCACUAUUUGGCCAGAGCAGGGUGUCCAGAUGAGGGUGGGCCCCUUGAGCCCCUGCCUUGCUCUUGCCCUGCCCCCUCCUCCCUGUACUGUACCCAAGGCUUCUUUCUCCGAUAAAUAAAGUCUUUGCCAUUUUACUAGAA